AUGUGUCCACCAACAGUGCCCGGGCAGCUUUCGAUACUGCAAAGCACAGAUAUGGCCACUUGGGAUUUCGUCAGCAUCGCCUCCACCAUCAUUGCAAAGCUUAAGAUCUCACUACAAGAUGCUGUAGGAUGCCAUGGUGGUACGUUUUUGGAUCUCCACAAUACUGCGUUUCUCGAGUGCCUCGACGAUGCGUUUCGGGAUCAUCACGGUGGCACUUUUUAUGAGUCGCCAAAAUGGUACGCUUUUGGUUUGCCGCGAUAA